AUGAGUUUGGUCUCAGGAGCUUCGAAUUCUUCAUCUAAUGUGCGAGGUAGAGGAAGGACGUAUGUCUUUGGCGUGCCUAAGAAAUGUUGGUGUGGAGAAGAAAUUGUGGCCAAAAACUCUCACUCCGACGCGAAUCCGUGUCGAAGAUAUGUUCGUUGUGGAUAUGCAUAUGGAAAGAAGCUUGAGAAUGAUAAUCAUGUCUUUAAGUGGGUGGAUGAGGCACUCUUGGAUGAGGUUGAGGCAAUGAAGCAGCAGAUUGGUAUGAUUGAGAAGAAUGUGAUGGUGAAGCUUGAGAAUAAGAUGGUUAUGGAGGUUGAGAAAGAGUUAUGUGAGAAGGUUGAAGAUGUGAAGUCACUAAUGCAAGCAAGGAUGAAUAAGAUGCUAAUUGGGAUAGUGUUUGGUUGUAUGAUCAUGAUUGCUAUCGUUAAGCUAAUUGGAUGA